UAGUCAGCUGACCUGCACAGGGGAUCCGAAAGUUGGCUGGCGAGUGGUGGCUAGCUUCUGUUUGGCUUAUCUUCGGUUUGACAUGUAAAUACAAUAAUCAUUGCACGUCUUUCUUUUCGUCUGGUCGACAUGCGAUGCUUUUACACGCGUAGAGUGCCUUCAGAUGGUACAAUCUAAUUAAUUUGAUAUAAGCCGGACUGUGGAGGCUUCGUUCUGUGCUUAUGGACAAAUAGCAAUAAGAUUUACAGCGCCGCGCUGAACUGUCAGCGCACGAUAAGAGGACUCUCCCCAACAGCUGAGCAAUCAGGAACUCUGCGUGCAGUGAGGAAAUAAGUUCUGGUGUGACGAAAUAUCCAUGCCAUUCCGUGAGCUACACGGUUGCAUUUUAAUUGGGCAAGAAAUCAACCGAAGGAUAUUUAUUGCGCCGAGAGCGGCACUGGGUUAGCCAGCUUGCUUGCUUAUUCUUAAUGAAUAAUUUUCUUUAUGCAUUCGCACGGUGAACCUGAGGGGAACUGGAACAAAUCGUGAAGUUCGUCGACGCCGCAACAGACCACCACGUUAUUUUGAGGCGAAAACUAUUCAGCAGGCGUGCAGAUUUACCAAGUCGCUGAGUCACAUAGCUAGGAGUUAGCUGCCCUAAUACACAGACAUGAAGCCGGUAGCUUUCGGAUUGGGCGCGUUUUUAUUUUUGUACCUGGGAUUUGCUUUGUUUUCGUCCCAUGUGGGAACGGCGUAUCCAGUUCAAGACGAAGAGCAAACCGACGCCCGCGUUAGGUUUGUGGACGCGGUGAAGAAACUGCAGGUUGGCUACGACUGGCGAAACUUAAGCUGCUCGUUUUGCAAAGCCUUGUUCAUCAUCGUGGAUGUGGCACUCGUGAGCGAGGUGAACGAGCAGCGGGUGGCCUGGCUGGUGGCGGAGGCGUGUGUGAAGCUGCGGCUGGCGGAGGAGCAGGUCUGCCGGCAGAUCAUCGCGCUGUUUCGCGACGACUUCAUCCGCGCGCUGCAGGAGUCGUACCUGUGGCCCAGCGAGGCCUGCGGCGUCCUGCUGGGGCCCGACUGCGGCCGCUUCGACAUCUACGCCCCCUGGAACAUCAGCCUGCCCGCCGUGCCCAAGCCCCCCGUCACCCCGCCCUCGCCCCCCGGGCCGGGCUCCCCCCGAAACCGCGUCCUCUUCCUCACGGACGUGCACUGGGACAGGGAGUACGCCGCGGGGAGCGGCGCCGACUGCAAGGAGCCCCUCUGCUGCCGAAACGGGUCCGAGCACCCCACCUGGCCCCGCAGGGGCGCCGGUUACUGGGGCACCUACAGUAAGUGCGACCUGCCGCUGCGCACGGUGGAGAGCAUGCUGCGGAACGUGGCAGCGGCGGGGCCCUGGGACUGGGUGUACUGGACGGGGGACAUCCCGGCCCACAACGUCUGGGCACAGACGCGCUCCCAGCAGAUGCUGGAGCUGGUGACGGUCACCCGGCUGAUCCGCAAGUACCUGGGCCCCGGCGUGCCCGUGUACCCCGCCGUGGGCAACCACGAGAGCACGCCCGUCAACAGCUUCCCCCCGCCCUUCGUCCACGGAAACCGCUCGUCCCGCUGGCUCUACGACACCAUGGCCGAGGAGUGGGCCCCCUGGCUGCCGGAGCAGGCACUGCAGACCCUCAGGCGGGCCGGGUUCUACGCGGUGCAGAUCCAGCCCGGCCUCAGGCUGGUCUCCCUCAACAUGAACUUCUGCGCGCGCGAGAACUUCUGGCUGAUGGUGAACUCCACUGACCCCGCCGACCAGCUGCAGUGGCUUGUGGGAAUUCUGCAGGACGCCGAGAACAAGGGGGAGAAGGUGCACAUCAUUGGUCAUAUCCCACCUGGCCUCUGCCUGAAGAGCUGGAGCUGGAACUACUACCACAUCAUCAACAGGUACGAGGGCACCGUUGCCGGCCAGUUUUUCGGACACACCCACGUGGACGAGUUCCAGAUGUUCUACGACGAGGAGACCCUGACCCGCCCCCUGGGCGUGGCCUACAUCGCCCCCAGCGUGACCACCUACAUCAACCUCAACCCAGGUUUCCGGGUGUACUACGUGGACGGGGCGUACCCCGGCAGCUCCCACCUGGUCCUGGACCACGAGACCUACAUCCUGAACCUGACGGAGGCCAACAACCACAGCCUGGGCCUGGCGACGGGCCCGGACCCCAACCCCACCUGGACCCUCCUGUACCGGGCCACGGAGGCGUACGGCCUGGGCAGCCUGUUCCCCUCGGACUGGGACGGCCUGCUCAAGACCUUCGUGCAGGACGACCGGGUGUUCCAGCGCUUCUGGCGCCUGUACCACAAGGGCCACGUUUCGGAGUCCUGCCGAGACGCCUGCAAGACCGCCACCAUCUGCUUCCUGCGCAGCGGUCGCUACGACGACCCCCGCCAGUGCGCGCAGCUGGGCGUGUCGCGGGGCCAGAUGGAGCGGGCCAUCCGGAGCAAGACGCUGUGCUGAGGGGGGGGGGGCGCUGACCGUGGGGGGGGGGGGGGGGGGGGGGGGGAGGUCUCGCGCUCGAAAACCGAGGGUGGAUUUUGAGUGUGGAAACCCCAUCCCCCCGAUUGCCAAAAAAGAGAAGUUACACACCCUAAAAUACGUCUUGUAAAGAUAUUACCUCAGCCCUUUACCCAUCCCAACAUGCACACACACUUUCCUUUCCCCCCCUCCUUUCUUCAUUGGUGCGGCCUCUUGCUGUCCUGCACCAGUGCAGUCUGAGGUGUGGUGUACCUGCACCCUGUUACCUCGUGAAAAGGGUGUCAUUGGGUUUCACAUUUGGUUUUUGUGCUCCAAAGAUCCUUGUUUUUUUUUUUUUUUCCUCCUCCAAAGAUGUGUCGCUGCUGCUGUGCCAGUUCUUCUCUGAUAACUGAGUGACGUCGAGCACUUGUGGGUGAGAUGAGGGACUGUGUGACCGACGCACAGAGAUGCCUUAUCACAGGGUUCAGCCUGUCUAAUGAGUGACUGUUAAUGAAGGGAGAAUGGACCCUGUUCAAGCCUUCUGAAUUUAGAGAUCGGGGUGAUCCCUUCAUCUGAGUCAUCCCUUUCUCCUUCUCUUUCUCUUUCAGAGUUGGUUAAAAAUGGGAUUCUUUCCAUUCAGGCAGGGGUGUCCAAUCUUACCUGAGAGAGGGGCUGGGGUGGGUGCAGGUUUGUGUUUUAGCCCAGUGUUUUAACACCUGAUUCAACCGAUUAACUAAUCAUGGUCUUCAGUCAGGGUAAAAUCAGGUGUCUUAGUGCUGGGCCAAAACAACCUGCACCCGCCCUGGGCCUUUAUGGAUAAGAGUGAACACCCCUGGUGUGGAUUUUGGGGAGGGGGGACAGAGCUUGGAUGAUGCCACGGUUGCUACUGUGUGUGUGUGUGUGUGUGUGUGUGUGUGUUUCUCAUCGUUUGCGGUGAAUACAGUUAGCCCCUGCGUCAAAGAAAGGAAUUCUGCUUUCCGUGUUCAAGCGAUGCACAGAAAUUAUAUUCCAAACGAGUACUUGCUUUCUCAGCCGCACGUGCCGUUUGUACAGCUUGAACCCAGACGCGCAUGCCUUAACUUAAUUUCUGAUUUAAAAUGAAGCGUGACUGUCCGUCUUGGUCUGUAUCAGACCAAGAUCAGUGGUUCCCAGCCUCGGCCCUGGAGUUACCCCCCUGUGUACGCUGGUUUUCAUUCCAACCACAAAUGCAAUCCUAGAAUUUUAACAAGCUGUUACUUUUUCUCAUUUAGGUGCUUUUCAUGUUUAGAGGGAUUAUUUACCCUCUCAAACCACAUUGUCAGAAAUAGCUAUGUCUGCCAUGAAUAAUACAAUUGAUACCCAUGUUCAAAAUUGCAAUAUAGCACAAUAUGAACAACGGAAUUUUAUUGUUCAUGGAUAUUUCUGACAUAAUGUGGCUUAAGUGGGUGAAUAAUCCCUUUAAACACCAAAAGCACCUAAUUAAGAAAUUAACAACUUAAUUCUGGGAUUGCAAUUGUGGUUGGAGCGGAAACCAGCGCGCACAGGGGUACUCCAGGACCGAGGUUGGGGACCCACUCACUUGCAUUAUAGAUUUGAUUGACGUGUUCCAACAACAGGUGUUAACGACGAAGUAUCUGUAAUCUUACCUCUCAUAAACCAACACAGCACUUAAGAAUUGCAUUGAGAAAUUGAGUCUGAAUAUUUUUCGAGUAUGAGCACUGCAGCCAAAAUGAGGCUCUAAAGACCCUUGAGAAUAAAACGGAUUGUGGAGUGCGACCUUGCCUAGCUCUGGAUUCAUCUGCAUUUCAGGCUUUUUUUGCGGGCAAGUGCUCGCUCGCUUCUGAAGAACCCGGCUUUGACGACUUUUGAGUUUCGACGCUUUGAAUGAGCUGGAAUUGAAUUCUCGCUUACAGGCUGACCACUGUUAACAAAAAAAAAAAAAUACUGCUGGUGGUAUUCGGGUAAAUCCUCUUGAGUGUAGGAUCUUAUGGCGGUAGUCUUUGAGAAGUGAGAACGUUUGUGCAAUCCUCUUUGCUUUUACAGAACCUGCAUUAUUCACGUGCACUUUCCCCCUGCCAAAGUCACGUGUUCUUUCAGUUUUUUGCUGUGACACAAGAAACUUGGCUGCACAAUUUCAGAAAAACUGUUGGUUCAACCAUUUUUUUACUUUUAUUUCUUGCUUCUGUAAAUUGUCUAAAAGGAAUUUGCUUCUUCUGUUGCUGCACGUUUUCCUCAAUCCUGAUCACAAGGACACUUUAACCUGUUUGUGUGUGUGAGAAAUUGCAAUGAACUGUAAUUAUUAAAUGAUGAAAUUAACAGCAAUGUUAAUAAAAAAAGAAUAAUAAAUAGCAUUUAUAUUCAAACGGCAAUUUGA